UAUCCGUUGAUCAAUCAGUUCGUCUCGUGAAAUUCAAACUUAAUCGCAUUUACAAUUUCAUUUCUCGUUGUUUAUUUGUUGAUCCAUGGAAGAAACAAUCAGAAUGGAGAAGGCUUCAUCGAAAUUGGAAAAGCUUUCUAGAUUUAGAGCAAUGGUUAUGAACACGUACAAUCGCGAACCCAUCUCACAUUGGAUCCUACUCUUCAUAAGUAGUGCAGCGAUGCUGAUUGCAUUUCCAGCUUCGAGCAUCCUAUCUCGUUUAUAUUUCUCUAAUGGCGGCCAAAGUAAAUGGAUCAUCUCUUGGUUUGCAGUUGCCGGAUGGCCUCUCACUGUUUCCGUUCUUUUGCCUUCUUUCAUCUUCGGUAAACAAACCAUACCGACUCCUAUCAACAUCAAUCUAUUACUUUCUUACAUUGUUUUAGGUUUUCUAAGUGCAAUUGACAAUCUAUUGUAUGCUUAUGCCUAUGCUUAUCUUCCUGCUUCAACUGCCUCACUUUUAGCUUCAUCUUCUCUAGCUUUCUCCGCUCUGUUUGGUUAUUUCCUAGUGAAGAACAGAGUAACCGCCUCCACGUUAAAUUCAGUCGUCAUAAUCACAUCUGCUGUCGUAAUUAUCGGUUUGGACUCUGAUUCAGAUAGGUAUGGAAACGUGACGGAUAAACAAUACAUUAUCGGUUUCGUAUUAGACAUUCUUGGAUCUGCUCUACACGGUCUCAUAUUUGCACUUUCAGAACUUGUUUUCGUGAAACUUCUUGGUAGGAGAUCGUUUCAUGUCGUGUUAGAACAGCAGGCGAUGGUAUCGCUUUUCGCAUUCGUUUUCACUACAGUUGGAGUUAUUGUGACUGGGGGAUUCGAAGGGAUGGUUUUGGAAUCUAGAAGUUUUCGUGGAGGUGAAACCGGGUAUUGGUUGGUUCUGGUUUGGAGUGCUGUUACGUUUCAGGUUGGGGUUUUGGGAGGAACGGCUGUGCUUUAUCUGUCGUCAACUGUAUUGGCUGGAGUGUUGAAUGCGGUUAGGGUUCCGAUCACGACCAUUGUCGCUGUGAUUGUGUUGCGUGAUCCUAUGAGUGGUUUUAAGGUUGUUUCUUUGAUCAUAACUUUUUGGGGUUUUUGUUGUUAUAUUUAUGGAGGCUAUAGUGACAGUAAAAAUCAUCAUCCUAAAACCGUCGUCAAGGAACUAGAACAAGAUGUUGUUUAAAACUCUCUUUUUAUAUUAGGAUCAAAUGUUGCCGAUUCGAUUCAUUAGGAACAAUCUAAAUUAAGUAUUGCAAAUAAACAAAUUUCAAGAAUUUAUGAUCGUUC